GUGUCUUCGGCAAACGUCGGACAGUGUGUGGGAAUAUAUGAGAGAGUGCAGUAGUCUGUGUGCGCCCUGAGCAGGUUGCCGGCACAAGCGAUAUCCGAAAUCCGGGCAGCGCAUCAUAUUCGUCACAGCCCCGUCUAGGCGACAAGUUUCUCCCACGUUUAAGCAGCGCCUUGGACCUGGCCCGCACUGGUCACGAAAUGGCAGGCUACAUAACUUUCAUCUGUGCCACCGUCGCCGUUGCAGUCACAACGGUGCAGUCGGCAGCACUCACAGGACCCGCCAUUGAACAGGCCGAGGAGCGUGUGCGGGAACUGGCACAGUUACUCGGUGACAUAAAAUCCGCAAUUCAGCCUCGCCACUGCACCGAUCUCUUACACGCUGGUCAGCGCUCCAGUGGAGUCUACAGCGUGUUCCACAUGGCUGCUGGACCGCUGGGUCAGAGCGUCUACUGUGAUAUGGAGACAGAUGGCGGAGGCUGGACGGUUAUUCAGAGAAGAGGCCAGUUCGGCAACAGCGUGUAUCACUUCUACCGAAACUGGACGGAGUACGCGGAUGGAUUUGGAAAUGCGAGCGAGGAGUAUUGGAUCGGGAACAAGGCGCUGCACGCACUUACGUCAGACGACGAGGCAAUUGCCCUGCGUGUCGUGCUGAGCAACAGGACUGGAGAUAGCGUGUUCGUGGACUACGAGAGCAUUCGUGUUGAGAACGAAGAGAACCUCUUCAAGAUGCGACUCGGAAAGCUGCUGGGGCCAGAAGGCUGGGAUGCACUGGCGAACGGCAAUGGUCAGAAUUUCUCCACCUUCGAAAGGGACAACGACGCGGCGCCGUCUGAAAAUUGCGCUGUCCGGUACCGUGGUGGCUGGUGGUACAACAGGUGCCACCUCGCCAACCUGAAUGGCCUGAACCUGAACGGACCGCACGACAGCUUCGCUGACGGCAUUGAGUGGAGCGUUCGGGGAUACCCCACCCGCCUUUACCAUUACUCGUUCCCCAGUGUGCGCAUGAUGAUACGACCAGCUGGAUCGCUGUUAGACCGCCGAAGCAAGCUGGAUGCUCCAACUCCUGUGUGAAGACAGGAGCAAUAGCAAGGAAAAAAUGGCAAUUAGGUUUCAAGAACGUCAAGGAAGAAAGGAAGCUAGUAGCAGCGAGUGAAACCUGAGCAAAUUGUGAGGACUGCAUUGUUUUCGGUGCCGGCUCUGGAGGUGGCGGAGUUCACUGCAGCGUCCGUGGUGCCUCAUGCUCACUUGACCCGACAGUGGAAAGCUCUGCGGCUGCCGCGUUUUUCUGUUCGUGCAAAAUUAAACUGCAACAUCCACGCCCCCCCCCCCCCCCCCCCCCCCCAAGACAGUUCGAUUAAAACCGUCUGUGUUGCUAUGCCAGGGGCCUACGGCUACACUAUAAUUCUGCAGGAAAGAUACAUUGGUUUUUGCUGAAAUAGAACACAAAUCUUCAGGAUACGCCUUUAAGGUAGUAAGGAUUUUCUCAGACAGGUUUAAAAGACAAAAGAAAUCAAUGCCUUAUUUUAUGGGAACUGUAAAUUCACCUUGAAAUAGAACAUCCUUGCUUUAAGCGGUUCUUACCCGCCGUGACAGUUCGGUGGCUAUUCCAAGGCCGAGGAUGAGGUUGCGGGUCUGAUGAACUGUGGUGGAGGCAGUAUUAUGACCGGGUCGGAAUGCAGAACAUUCCUGUACAUAGUUGUCGGUCCAACUAGAGAACCCCAACAUGCCAAAAUGUCAUCCCGAGUGGCCCAUUGUGGCAUGCGCCAUAGAUUGUGUGUUAAUUGCUUCUGGACCUUGAACGUCAUGAUUUAUUUGAGUCCGGAGAUACUUUGCUACAGUGAAUCUAUAACAGAACUACGUGCUUGUGCCUAGUUUGCAGCCUUAAACUCUAAAAUAACCCGGCAUUUGUACUCUGGUACAGGCUAGAAAAAUAAUUCCAGCAUUUAAUAUUUUCUCACUAUAGCGUAAUUUUUCAUCAGGCUUCGGUUGCACUGCUCAGAAUAAUAUUUCAAGUUUACUUCAAAGCUGAAUACAACGGCAGGGAUACUCUUAAGCACAUCUCUCAUUUAUUUUCCACACGGAUAGAUGGAUGGAUGGGCACAGGAGCAAUGUUCCACUGGCCACAGCACCCUUUUCUCAUCAUGAUGUGGAAUAGUGUUGAAUCACGGUCGGUAGACAAACUUACUCUACACUGCACCGUUGUGGAGGACGAGGACAACGCUGCCCGCAUCUAGAGUGACCGUCUGUGCCAGCGACAACGCUUUUCCAGGCUACGUCCUCAGUGCCAAAAGUUCAGAAGUCGUUGUUAGGCAAUGCUUCUCAGACAUCUGUAGCUAAGAUACCAAAGCUUGCCAUGUCCCUCGUUGUGGAACACCUGCGACGGCACGGAGGAAACUCUGGGCAGUGACCACUGCAUACUUGCCACCACAUUGAACGUUACGCAUGCACGCCACCCGAUAAAAAAGACAACACUCACAGAUUGGACAGCUUUUCGCAAAGCGCGAGUGGAUGACUCCUCAAUGGGUAUUACGGAUCUCGAGCAGUGGGUACGAGAGCUCCAUCAAGACGUAGCAGACAUUAAAAACAGAUCACACUCACCACAGACACACCGGCCGUGGUACCGCACCUUCUUCACCUCUGGGAAGCACGUCGAGUACUUGUUAGGAGAUGGAAGCGCCAAAAACAUAAUCGUAAAUUGAAGCUACGUAUAGCGAAACUCACGGCAACCGCGGAACUUUAUGCUGGGGAGCUCACCCGUCACAACUGGCGACAACUAUGCAACAAGUUGCAGGGUAAUCUUAGCACGGCCAAAACCUGGUCGCUGCUACGCCAUCUUCUUGACCCCACACAAAGCAAGGCAAUUAGCCAGCAAACAAUCCAACGUAUCCUACACAACCAUCCGGGUUCUCAUGACGAAAUCCUUGAAGAGUUGCGGGCGCGGUACAUAGGCGAUUUCGAACCCGCACAAGGACAACAGCCAACCUACUGCGGGAGCGACAAUUACGACCACGACAAGCCGAUCACUAUCACUGAGGUGCAGCAAGCACUCCUUGCACUCACACGAAACACCACCCCAGGCAAGGACAAAAUAAAUAACAAGCUCCUGCGCAAUCUGGAUGAUGGUACCAUUGAAUCUCUUAAUGACCUCUUUAAUCAUCACUGGGAAGCGGGUACACUACCAGAAGACUCGAAGCACGCGGACAUCAUACUCAUUCCGAAGCGAGGCAAACUCUCCAGCUUAGAAAAUAUGAGACCAAUCUCACUGACUUCAUGCCUAGGCAAGCUUCUGGAACAUGUUAUUCUGAACCGGCUUCAACCUUAGCUAGAAUCAAGCGACCUCUUUCCUGAAACAAUGUUCGGAUUCCGGCCCCACCUUUCUACCCACGACAUCCUUCUUCAGCUGAAGGAACAAGUCCUUGAACACAUCUCACCGCACAACACCGGAGCGAUUUUAGCACUCGAUCUCAAAGGCGCUUUCGACAAUGUGCCUCACCAUACCAUCCUUACAAACCUAAGCCUCACGAACUGUGGUCGUAAUACUUACAAUUAUGUACGCGCCUUUCUAAGCAACUGCAUGGCCACAAUAGGCAUUGGCUCACUCAGAACCCCGACGUUACCUACCCGCUACACGGGAACCCCACAAGGUGCUGUUCUAUCACCCACCCUGUUCAAUAUUGCUAUGAUGAAAUCACCUGACAAACUCAACGCAAUACCAGGAAUCAGGCAUGCAGUAUACGCCGAUGGCAUGAUUAUCUGGACUACCGCUGGUUCCGAAGUAGAGAAACAAGACACCCUUCAACAAGCGACCGACGUCGUCCAGCAAUAUGCAAAAACAAGUGCUCUACGGGGCUCCUCCGAGAAGUCAUAACUAUUAGUCGUUCGACAGAAAUCCCGAAGAAAACUCAAUGAACUGCCAAACGUCACACUCACCCUCGACGACAAAGAAAUACCCACAGUAAACCGCGUCCGCAUUCUCCGACUCCACAUACAACAAGACGGCGGAGGCGCAUACACCAUCCAACGUCUCAAGCAGACCGCUUUCCAGAUCAUGCGAAUGGUCAGCCUUAUCACCACCAAACAAUACGGACUGAAAGAAGACGACAUAAUACAGCUCGUCCAGGCCCUGAUAACCAUCCGCAUUGCCUACGCUGCCCCGUACUUGCCCCUCACUCCCAAGGAAAGCCUACACGCAAGGGCUCGGCCUAGCCCCGGGAACAGCGACACUCAAGCUUGAAGACCUAGGAGUCCAUAAUACUAUAACAGAAAUUAUAGACACCCACCUCACAAGCCAACGAGAACGACUAGCCCUCACACCGACAGGAAGAACAGGCCUAGCGCGCCUAGGCGACCCCACACACAGCAAAGGCCAUGAACAAGCAAUCCAUCUGGCCCCCAACUUCCGUGAGCACAUCAAGGUAGCCCCUAUCCCCAGAAGCAUGCACCGGGAACAUCAUGCCGACCGUCGCCAAGCUCGCGCAAAAACUCUACAGACAAGAUAUGGCAGUCUCCCCACCCCACUAUACACAGAAGCCGCGCAGUACCCCCAAGAAGCAGCCAUGACGGCCAGCCUCGUCGACUAUAACCUACAAGAGGUGGUCUCGAUAACGGUCCGCACUGCCAGCAGCCUCGUAGCGGAGGAGACAGCCAUCGCCUUGGCCAUCACCUCUAGUCUGACCAACGAGUACAUCACAAUUAUUACCGACUCCCAGGCUGCAUGCCGUACCUACGCGAGAGGUCGAAUAUCGUCAAUCGCCCACCGACUCCUCAAACACGCCUCCGAAUUCCCGGACGUUGAAAUAGUGUGGGCUCCAGGGCAAGAGUCCCUCCAUGGAAAUCAGCGUGCGCACACUGUAGCCCGAGCUCGUACCUCCCGGGCGCCACAAGAGAGGGAUACGGACGCAUCCAUGGAGCCGUACCUUUACAUUACAAGGUCAUACUACAACACCACAGAUUGAACAGACGACAAUACCCACCUCCACCCAAAACCCUCUCACGUGAAGACGCCGUAACAUGGAGACAACUACCAACCAAUGCAUAGGCACAUUUAGGCAGACUACGCGCAAUCCACCCACACUAUAUUCAUACAAAUGCCCCCUUUGUAAUGAUUACGCCUCUCUUUAUCACACCACAUGGGCGUGCCCCAACGUGAACGCGGCCCCGCAAAUGCCUAACCCUACACUCGAGCAGUGGGAGGCCGUGCUGACUAGUUCGGACCCUCGUAACCAGCAGCAACUGGUGCGGCGGGCCCGGGAGACAGCAAGAGCCGCAGGAGGCCUGGAGUAAGGGCGCCUCUCGCCCAAGCAGAAAUACACCUGCUUGUCCUUUCUUUUAUUUAAAUAAAUGUUUCUCCUCCUCCUCGUCCUUUGCGAUGGUAUAAACGCAAACCAAGCUGUCGCAAAGCAAGCCUCACAGUGGCGGCCAUGUUGAACUACCUGAAGUUAUUCCUGAGUUCGACGAUUCAUCGAAACACCAUGUGCAAAGCUCUGGAUACAAUAAAUUCAUGGGCCGACGUGCUGAA